UGGAACUCGAUUGGAUUCGAUACUAAAACAACCGUCAUUAUUUAUGACUAGUAUAAAGUGUCUACGUCAACGUGGAUGUAUAUCAGGUCAUGACCCCACAAGCUCAGAUUCCUUUUGACUGUCUGUUAUCUUCCUCCUCUCAUGUAAUUCGUCAUCUCUCUCACCUUCACCGCUCCUAAAUCUCAUCGCCGGCUGGAUUCCAUGGCUUCCGUCAUUGAAGCUGGUUGGACGUACUUGAUUACCCAUUUUAGUGACUUUCAGCUGGCUUGUGUUGGUAGCUUUAUUCUUCAUGAACUUGUCUUCUUCUUGUCGGGACUUCCUUUCAUAUACAUAGAAAGGGCAGGAUGGCUCAGAAAGUACAAAAUUCAGGCUAAGAAUAACAGCAGUGAAGCUCAAGAGAAAUGUAUUGCUCGGCUACUGUUUUAUCAUUUUUGUGUGAACCUUCCUGUGAUGCUUGCUUCCUAUCCUGUAUUCAGAUUCAUGGGAAUGAGAAGUAGUCUUCCACUGCCGUCCUGGAAAGUUAUGUCGACUCAGAUUCUAUUCUACUUCAUUGUGGAAGAUUUCAUAUUUUACUGGGGACAUAGAAUUUUACACACGAAAUGGCUCUACAAGCACAUCCACAGUGUCCAUCAUGAGUAUGCAACACCUUUUGGAUUGACUUCUGAAUAUGCACAUCCAGCUGAAAUAUUAUUCCUUGGAUUUGCUACAAUUUUCGGUCCUGCCAUCACAGGGCCUCAUCUGAUAACUCUUUGGUUAUGGAUGGUAGUGAGAGUUCUUGAAACAGUUGAAGCACAUUGUGGUUACCAUUUCCCAUGGAGCCCCUCAAACUUUCUCCCUUUAUAUGGAGGUUCUGAUUUUCAUGAUUAUCAUCACCGACUGAUUUACACCAAGUCAGGCAACUACUCGUCUACUUUUGUUUACAUGGACUGGAUAUUUGGUACAGACCAUGGGUACAGAAAACUCAAGGCUUUGAAAACUGAAGAAGAGGUAGCUGAGUUUAAAGAGAAUUAAAUUCAAUAAAGGUAAUCCCUUUUAUAUUGUCUGUGAUUUCUUCGUUACUGAUGUAGAAUCAGUUUAAACUUUUUCUAUGAUGAGUGUACUAGUUUCUUUAAUUUCUAAGUGUAAUGUUCUUAAUGUGGCUAUGAGGUU